AAAUACACAAUCUGUAAAAUAGUACACACGUACAUAAAAUGCAUGAUCAAAAAGGCAUAAUGUGGCAUCCACGUGAGGUUAUUUAUAAACAGGUAAAUGUUGCCGUUCACAUGCAGUGGCCUGCGCUUAAAUGACCCUCGCGACGGGGCAACACGGACCCCGCCGUCGUGACAGAACAAAACCAAAAAUACACCUCACAUAUCUGCUUAUCAACCCACCAGCUGUUUAUUUAUCAGUCUAGCAAUACUAAAGCCACAUCUAAGGGACAACACGUGACAGAAGCCCUUUAAUCGUACGAUUAGCGAUUCAGUUUCGGUCCCCAUUGUAGUUAGCCAGGAUUGAGUCCACUGACCCGGCAUGGGGGACAUGAAAACCCCCGAUUUCGAUGACCUGUUGGCAGCAUUUGACAUUCCUGACAUUGAUGCCAAAGAGGCUAUCCAGUCCGCCCCGGAUGAGGUGGAGGGGCAUCAAGGAGCAGGCGGAGGAUCGCUCAUAAAGCCUGGUGAUGCUUCAGUAGGUGGAAGUUCAGCCUUAAGAUCGCCCAGCCCAUCCACGGAUUCUCAGAGCGACCCAUCUAUUGUGAGCGUGAUUGUGAAGAACCGUGUUCACCCUGAACCCUUUGAUGGUAGCGACAGCUCGGAACCAGAUCCACUAAACCAUAAUGGAUUUGUGUCGUCCAGUGGGUCAGUGCAUGUGUCUCAGUCCCGGUGCCAGCCGAAUGGGGAGCAGUGGCCCAUAUGCAGCUCAAAGGCGACUCCAGAGACUGCAGGAGCUCUUGGAUCUUCCAGCACUUCCAAACAGGGCAGCAACAUCUUCAAUAAGCUGAAACCCUUGAUGGCACAAGGUCCUGGAGACUCCGUUGGAAGGGCCAGGAAAAUGCAGCUUCUGCAACAGCAACAUAUGCAGCAGGAGAUGAACCUAGAAGGUGCGGACAAGGCAAAAGCCCCUGCAAUACCUAGCGGGACAAGUGGAGCUGCAUCUCCUUUCUUUCCCCCACCUAAACCACUUCUUUCCACUCCCUCCACAGCUUCGUCCUCCUCACCGUCAUCAACCUCUCCCUCAGUUGGAUCCCGUGUUUCUGGGGCCGUGGCAUCAUCUCCGCUUGCUACAUCUCUAACGGAGCCGUUUAAUGGAUCACCACGUCUUAGUUCGUCAGCUUUUAGACGUGUAGAUUCAGAUGAGGAGGAUUCAGAUCCUGAAUCUGGAGGAUCUCUGGUCAUCCACGAGAGUCAGGACUCUCCCACUCCACCGAAACUAUCACGUCGACUGAGGUCACCUCCAGCAAAUUCACAGUCUCCUUCUCUCCCUCCUUCGACGUCCAUAUCGCCCAGCACUUACCCCAAACCAGAUGACAUUCCCUUGGCGUCACCUGCUUCACCUCGAGCGCAACAGAACUGGCUUUCCGCACCAGUCCAAACAGGAACCGGAAAGAGUUUACCCCAAGAAGAGCGAAACCCAGAGCAUGUGAUAGAAGAACGAGACUCACCGGAGAGCCCUGAGCCUGAGAUCCCCAAGUCUUCCAUGCCAACAUCUGCAGUUACCAAAAGAUCAUGCAGCCCAGCGGUUGCCUCUUCAUCACCAUCCUUUUCCCCUCGAGAACCUAAGGAGGAAGAAGAGGAGAUGGAGGUAGACAAAGGAUCAGCGGAGAAUGGACAAGAUGCGGCUAAUACAGAUGGUAAGGAUGGCGGGAAAAGGGAUGGAGAGAAAAUGGAGGUAGAUGCUGCACAAUCCCUUCCAACAGACGCCGGAUCACCGAGCAGUGGUGGCAAAGCUGUAUCUGGUGGAAAUGCUCCUUCCAGACCUCUUAAAGUCCGUAUCAAGACCAUUAAGACGUCUACAGGAGGUAUCACACGCACGGUUACCCGAGUAGCAGGUAAAGGAGGCACUGCCAAUGCAGACAAAGAUGCAAGUAAAGCCCAAACAGGAAGUCGAGCUGGUCCCGCGAAAGGCACCAAAAAAAAUGACGCUCAAGUGGUAAAAUGCUCAACCCUACCAGUAUCCACUCUAGAAGCCAGUAGUGCCAUGCUAGCAGCAGCCAGCAAGGUCCAAAACAAAAUGGCCAUGCAAUCCGAUAAAAUGAAAGUCUCUGCCACAGCGGUGAGCAUCACAAAAGCCACCACUUUACCAGUCGCACCAGCCGUCGGCGGGAUAAGCGUGCGCCCUACGGUCGGUAAAACAGCCAAUGGAGGUACCGUGCCGUGUAAACCAGCAUCUAUCGUCAACAGCACUGGUGCUGUUAUUUCCCGUAGCCAGUCUAGCCUGGUUGAGGCUUUCAACAAGAUUCUGAACAGCAAGAACCUGCUGCCCAGCUACCGUCCGGAUCUCUCGACCCCGCCGCCCCCUCAAUGGGGUCUUCCUAUGCCUGCUACUGGCUACCGCUGCUUGGAGUGCGGAGAUGCUUUUGCUUUGGAGCGUAGCCUGGCGCGACACUAUGACCGGCGCUCUUUGAGAAUAGAGGUGACGUGUAAUCACUGCGCGAAGCGGCUGGCUUUCUUCAACAAAUGCAGCCUGCUGUUACAUGCUCGGGAGCACAAGGAGCGAGGCCUGGUCAUGCAGUGCUCACAUUUGGUUAUGAGACCAGUUACAGUGGAGCAGAUGAUUGGCCAGCAAGAUACUACUCCCAUUGGUAUGCUUUCUCCGUCACUGUCCUCUCCACCUCUGUCAUCCUCCACAACCCAGACGGGGACGACUCCUGUACCGUCCACUUCCAGUCCACUGAAGGACUCCCCUUCUCCAGGCACGGCUUCAACCCAGCCCAGCCCUGCACGCCGUGGACCCCAGAGUCCCCAGGCCCUGAUGCCGCUGCCCUGCAAGAAAGGCGAGGCCCUGCAAUACCACAACUUCAAGUGUCCUGAAUGUCAAACCCAGUUUUCAAGCAAGGCUGAAUUAGUGACUCAUUUCCAGCAAAUCAGAGCUACUCCUAAUUCGACUUGUAUGCUUUGCUCUCCCCCCAUGAUGCUGCCUAACUGGUGCAGUGUUUCAGCCCAUCAGCGGAUCCAUAAGCACCGCGCACCCCAUGUGUGUCCAGAGUGUGGUGGCACUGCUCGUCAGGCCAUGUUUCAAACCCAUCUGGAAGAGUCUUGCCUGCACUUUGCCAGACGCAUUGGCUACAGGUGCUCCAGUUGUCAGGUUGUGUUCGGAGGUUUGAACUCCAUAAAGUCCCACAUACAAACAGCUCACUGUGAGGUAUUUCAUAAGUGCCCCAACUGCCCGAUGGCCUUCAAAUCUGCCCAGAGCGCCCAGGGGCACAUCACUUCCCAGCAUCCUGCCCUCACAGCUGCACAGGCUAAGAUGAUCUACAAGUGUGUCAUGUGUGACACAGUGUUCACCCAGAAACCUUUGCUCUACAUGCAUUUUGACACUCACCUGGCCAAACAGAAGGUGCAUGUGUUCAAAUGUCCAGACUGCACUAAACUUUAUGCCCAGAAAGGGUCCAUGAUGGAACAUAUCAAGACUGCUCAUAGAGGCCUGACCGUCAAAGCAGAGACUCCGCCCACCACCUCAUCUCCGGUCUCAGCUCCUGCCAGCAACUCCACCUCUAAACCCAAACCCACUGAAAACAAUUCAGAUGAGUUGAGCCAGGGACAGGGGGAGGAGGAGGACGAGGGGGAAGAGGAGGAGGGAGAGCAUGAAGGGGAAGAGAGAGACGAGGGAGAAGAGGAGGAGAAUGAGGAGGAAGACCAGGCGAGCUCUCCAGAAAACGGCAGUAUGGAGUGGAGGUGCAAGGAGUGCAAGAAACGCUAUGCUGAGAGAGAGGACUACAUCGACCACAUGAAGAACGACCACGGCACGUUAAUGAAGAAGUUCCCCUGCAGAUUGUGUGAACGUUCCUUCAGUUCAGCCAACAGCCUUCGUCGACAUGUCCGAAUAAUACAUGAAGGUGUCAAGAGAGUCUUCCGCUGCCCGCACUGCUCAGAGGGCAAACGUACGUUCAGUAGUCGUCUGAUUUUGGAGAAGCACAUUCGGGUCAGACAUGGCAUAAGAGCUCGACAAACAACAGACAGACCGAAUGCUCCAAACACCAGAAAGCGUUCGCUUCCGGGUGACGGGGCAGGCAGCUCGUCUGAGCUUGACAACGAGGGCGGAGCUCCACCAGUAGGGGGCGCCGCAGAUACUGAUGACGUCGCAGGAGAGGACGCCAAAAGAACUCGAGCGUCUGAGAACCGGCUGCUCGAGCAGGAGGAAGACGACGGCACAUUCCGCUGCACACCCUGCGGCUUCACCACACAGGAUUGGGAAGAGUUCCAGCGCCACAUUCCCGUCCACUGUGACGCCGAGAGCGCGCCGCAGCAGUGCCUGCAGUGCGGCGCCUGCUUCGCCUCGGCCGGCUCCCUCAGCCGACACAAAUUCAUCACGCACCGUUUACGCCAAGGUCAGCAUGACAAUCGUGGCGGAAAUGCAUCACCUGGUGCAUCGUCGCAGGACGGCUCUCCGUCCUCACCUAAAGCGGGCGAGGAAGGGGAAGGGGGGGUCAGCUGCAGGGUGUGUGGCCGGCGCUUUGACAAGGCUUCGGACCUUAACACUCACUUCCGCACACAUGGCAUGGCCUUCAUCACGGCACACAAGACUGACAAGCCCUUGUAGAACGAGUGAGACAGGACAAGACAAGGACAAACCGUUACAAAAUGGGUCACAGAUUUGGACUGUCCAAGACGAGUUUAAGAUUAAUACAUAUUAUUUGGAAAACUGAACCUGUCAUUAUGAUUGUAACGUGAUCUGUCUUCCAAAAUGCAAAGGUAAUAAAGUUGUUUCCCCCUUUCCUCCCUGUUUGCAACAUCCAAAGUCUUUUAAUUUACACAAGGUCAAAUUGUAUCUGCUCGAAAACUACUUUACAUCGAGCUGUUUUGCGUCAAUCCACAAAAAGCAUGUAAGCAAAAAGGGUGCUAGUCAAGAUUUUUUUUUUAAAUAAAGGAAAACACUGACUUUUAAAUGUAACAAUAUUGUACAGACAUUGUAGUACUGAUAUUUAUUUAUAUUGAAGCAUUCAUCAGUCUUUUGAUAAUCAUUGGACUUUGAGGUGAAAAAGUUUCAUUUGUGCAAGGAGAAAUACAGCAGACGUUUAUGAGGUCAAAGAUGGAUUGUAAAGUUUAAAUAGUCAAAAAAGGUCAAUAUAAGUUAACAUGGAUACAUUUCAGUCAUAGAUGCACUUGAGCACAUUUUAAAUGUGUAUAAAUGCAUUACAUCAGUUUGAUAUGGUUGUUGCAUUUGGAAAUGUGAAUAAGUUUUUGUAUUUUUUUUCUCCUUAGCUUAAAGUCGAUAUUGAAAUACUACUAGUGAAAGUUUGCGUUCGGAGCCUGGUGUAAUUUUUACAACUUCGUCUGAAUCAGAAAUCGGCAUUGAGUUUGAAGGAUUGCUUGUCUGUUUUAUGAUGAAUUAUGUACAAAUAUGAAUGUUGUUUGUGUUUUUUUUUUUUCUUUGAUAAGAGUCUUUUCUAUCAGAAAGUUCUGUACUCAUCAAAAACCACAUUUACAUUUACAUAAAAGUAAUAUUAUGAUCGUGUGAAUCAUCUGUGUGAGUGUGACUUCGUAUUCCUCCAGUGAUAUAUGUAUAUGUCCCACACAUAGUCUAUAGACAGCCAUCUUAUUCUGUGAUGACUUGCCUGUUUCACUGCCGUACAUCUGUGUCAGUUAUCUUGCCCUUCUUUAUAAAUAAAACAGUAAAUUGGUACGGUA